GACUCUAACGUGACUUCCUGCAGAGACGAUGACUUGGACGUAUUCAGUUUGAACGAGUGUCUAAAAAGUCAGAUCUGUUCUCACAGUCAGAGACUUUCAGGAUCAUUUAAACCUUAAAUUUAAUCUCAUGUAGUCAGGAUUUAAACUUAGGUUCAGUUAUUUCAAUAAAACCAUCCUGAGACAUUUAGAACAAUCGAAGCGUCGGAGUUGAAGAAGACGGAAAUGUCUGCUGUGACUGCGUCGCUCUGCUCGACUUUGCUGUUUGUCGGCCUCUUCGUGUUUGUCUCUGCAGACCAGAAAAACAUCACAGCAAAGUCUGGACAGAACGUCACUCUGACAUGUCGAGCUCCAAACAACAACAUUGGAGUUAUAGAGUGGAAGAAAGCUGACCUGAAGGAAGACGAAUAUGUCCUUUUGUACCGAGAUGGACACUUUGAUCCAGAUGAACAGCAUCCAUCUUUUAAGAACCGGGUGGAUCUGCAGGACAGACAGAUGAAGGAUGGAGACGUGUCUUUGAUUCUGAAAUAUGUGACGAUUAAUGACACUGGAACAUACGAGUGUCGUGUCCAGAAAGACGGAGACAGUUUGAAGUCCAUCAGCAACAUCACCCUGAGUGUUGUUGAUCCUCCAGGUCAGCCAGGAGGACACACAGAGGAUGGAGGGAAGAAGGAUGGAUUUGUUGGACUGAUAGUCGGUCUGUCAGUUGGGGUUAUUGUUGUUGUUGGUGGUGGUCUUGUGAUCUACAGACGAUAUAAACAACAGAGUCAGUCACAUCGUCCUAAUGCAGAACCAAAGACUGAAAUGUCUGAGAGCUUUCUGAACUCUGAAUCUUCUGCUGCUGAACACAAAGACAAAUGAUCUGAAAACAGACACCAUCACUUCAGAAGGAUCCACGAUUUCACUCUAAUAUUUGACAAUGAACCGUUUCAUCAUCAUCCUCUGCAGAAAACAGCAUAACUGCUUGAUAAUGUCUGACAGCAGUUUGAAGAGGAAAUGGAUUCUGUUCUGUUCUUCACUCAUCACCUACCUGACAGCUGACACCUCACACCUGUUUCUCACCUGCAGGUCAGGCAGGAGGACACACAGAGGAUGAAUCUGUUGGACUAAUAGUUGGUCUCUUAGUUUCUGCUAUGGUUUCUGUUGUUGUUGUUGUUGGUUUUCUGAUCUAUAGAAAACAUCAGAAAGGUGUUUUAUAACUGAGCUGUUAAAUCUCACUGUCACAUGACAUUGAUCCUAUGACCCCCUCCGCAAAUCGCUACCUUUUCGUAGUGGAGGGUUUGUGUGUCCCAGGGAUGGAAUCGGGGACUGUGAUUAUUUAAGUUGCUCAGUGUAAAAGUUUAAAUUCUUAAAUUUGAAAAGCAGAAAUUAUCUGCCUGAUUUAUGUCAGAAAUCACUUUUUAAAUAAUUUAUUAAGUUAUUCUUGAGUUCAGUGUCUCGUAUUUUACAGUGUCAUUGAUUGUGUUUUAUCUUCAGGUUCAGCUGUUUGUAGAUCAAACUUGUUCUGAGAGGUUUGAACAGUAUAAAUUAAUCCUCAUCUACAGAUCAGCUGUUACAGUAUAAUUACUGACACUGACUGAACCAAGUGACAACACAAACACUGUAUGUGAUAAAGAAAAGACAAAUUACUGUAGAUUAUAGAUGAUCAAUAAUCUGCCCGAUAGUGUUCAGGACUUGUUGAUCAGUAACAGCUGAAUGAAUGUUAUAAUGAACAGUGUUAUGAAACCAAGGAGAGAAAUUAUUUCCAUGGAGCUGCAGAGUCAGAUGUUUCCUCUCCGAUCUGUGAAACUUUGAACUUUUCCUACAGUGAAGGAAAAUCUUCAGUCUGUUGCUGCAGUUUAAACCAGAUCACACAUUAGUUUAACAUUUAACAAUGUUUUUUGUGAAUUUUCUUGUUCAUCUCUUAUAAAUUUUGAAAGAUCAGUCCUGAAUUGUUUCUAUUAAUUUUCUUUAAUUCUUCAAUUUUUUGUUUUCUGUGGCCGUAAAAGAUGAAAGAAGUUUUCUGACCUUUUCCUGCAGAUUUUAUCUGAGCUGAAUGAGUCCAAACAGACCACUGAACAUGUGUGAAGGAAAAAAACACACAAUAAAAAUGCUCUUUGAAACCGUUUCCCUGCCUGAGAGAAGAAGCUGAGAUUUAAGUUUGUUCCUGUAACAAGAAACAAAAGGAUGGAGGAUCGCUCUCAGAGUGGAAACAUGAUUUGAAGCUGCUGGGAACAGAUUUAAAUGAUGCUCAUUUUUAGACAUUGUUUUGAUAACUGUGCAGGGUUAUCAAAGUUUUUCAUUCUUCAACCUGAAAAUAUUUUCACUGAAUAAAAAUUCAAGAAAGUCAGCAUAUCAUA